GCUGUUGGUGGCAGCCCGCUGCUCUGCUCGCUGGGCCUGUUAACUGCUAGGCUGCCGGCAGCGCCGUGCUGGGGAGGAUGCCGCUCCCCGGCCCCACGCCGCCCUCUCGGUGCUGGGAUGGGAGCCCUCUUGAGGAAAGCGAAUCUCACCGGGGUGCCCGAGCCAGGCAGCGAUGCCAGGAUGCCCGUCUCUGCCUCCCUCCGCCAGGAUGGCAGCCAGGAGCGGCCGGUGAGCCUGAGCUCCAGCACCUCCUCGUCGGGCUCCUCCCGUGACAGCCGCGGCGCCAUGGAGGAGCCCAAUGCCUCCGAGGCUGCAGCCGAGAACGGGGCGGGCUCCCCACGCGGCCGGCAUCCCCCCAACAGCAACAACAACUCCAGCGGCUGGCUGAACAGGAGGGGGCCCCUGUCCCCAUUCAACAGCCGGGCGGCUGCAGCGCCUGCGCACAAGCUCAGCUACCUGGGCCGAGUGGUGCGGGAGAUCGUGGAAACGGAGCGCAUGUACGUGCAGGACCUGCGCAGCAUCGUUGAGGACUACCUCCUGAAGAUCAUCGACACGCCCGGGCUGCUGAAGCCAGAACAAGUCAGUGCCCUCUUUGGGAACAUAGAAAACAUCUACGCACUGAACAGCCAGCUACUCAGAGACCUGGACAGCUGCAAUAGUGACCCCGUGGCUGUGGCCAGCUGCUUUGUGGAAAGGAGCCAGGAGUUUGAUAUCUAUACCCAGUACUGCAACAACUACCCCAACUCGGUGGCAGCCCUGACGGAGUGCAUGCGGGACAAGCAGCAGGCUAAGUUCUUCCGGGACCGGCAGGAGCUGCUGCAGCACUCACUGCCCUUGGGCUCCUACCUGCUGAAGCCUGUGCAGCGCAUCCUCAAGUACCACCUGCUGCUCCAGGAAAUUGCAAAACAUUUUGAUGAAGAAGAGGAUGGCUUUGAGGUGGUAGAGGAUGCCAUUGACACCAUGACCUGUGUGGCCUGGUACAUCAACGACAUGAAGAGGAGGCACGAGCAUGCAGUCCGGCUCCAGGAGAUUCAGUCGCUGCUUAUCAACUGGAAGGGGCCAGACCUGACCAUCUAUGGGGAGCUCGUCCUGGAGGGCACGUUCCGUGUACACCGCGUGCGCAACGAGAGGACCUUCUUCCUCUUUGACAAAGCGCUGCUUAUCACCAAGAAGCGGGGCGAUCACUUUGUCUACAAGGGUCACAUCCCGUGCUCCUCCCUAAUGCUGAUUGAAAGCACCAGAGAUUCCCUGUGCUUCACCGUCACCCACUACAAGCACAGCAAGCAGCAGUACAGCAUCCAGGCCAAAACAGUGGAGGAGAAACGGAGCUGGACUCACCACAUCAAGAGGCUCAUCCUGGAGAAUCACCAUACCACCAUCCCCCAGAAGGCCAAGGAAGCCAUCCUGGAAAUGGAUUCCUACUAUCCCAAUCGGUACCGGCAUAGCCCAGAGCGGCUGAAGAAGGCUUGGUCCUCCCAGGAUGAGGUGUCUACCCACAUGCAGCAGGGCCGCCGGCAGUCAGAGCCUCAUCAGCCCCCGUACAGCCGGGCAACACUCCCCAGCAGGCAGCGAGGCCUCGUAGUGCCAGGCCUUAAGGGCCGCAGAAAGUCGGAGCCAACCAGACACCUGCUCAGGCAACUCAGUGAGAAAGCCAGAGCAGCGGGAAUGAAGCAUGCGGGCAGUGCCGGCACUCUCCUGGACUUUGGGCAGCCCGCCCAUCCUCGGGGCCUGCAGCCGGAGGCUGAAGGGGCUGCCCAGGAGGAGCAGGAGGAAGAGGAGGAGGAGGUGGUGGAGGAGGAGGAGGAGGAGGAGGAGCAGGCCUUUCAGGUCUCUCUGGAGGACCUGGCAGGGCAUGAAGGCAGCGAGAAGGGGGCCAGGCCGGAGCCCCCAGGCUCGGAGGAGGAGGAGGAGGAGAGCCUGGCAGUGGCGGAGCAGGCAAAGGGGCGCAGGGAGUCUGAAGGCUCCAAGAGCUGCAGAAGCCCCAGCGGUCGCUCUCCAACCCGUGCUGAGAAGCGCAUGAGCUUUGAGUCGGCCUCCUCCUUGCCAGAGGUUGAGCCAGACCCUGAGUCUGGGACAGAGCAGGAGGUGUUUGCCACUGUGGAAGGUCCCAGCACCGAGGAGAUGCCCUCAGACUCAGAGUCUCCAGAAGUCCUGGAUGCACAGCUUGGCGUCCAUCAGGAGCUGCUGGGGCUGGACCACCCAGGUGGCAUAGUGGAUUUCGUGGUGGCUGAGAGCACUGAGGACCUUAAGGCCCUGAGCAGUGAGGAGGAGGAGGAGGAAAUGGGGGCUGCCCAGGAGCCCGAGAGCCUCCUGCCCCCCUCUGUGUUGGACCAGGCCAGUGUCAUUGCUGAGCGGUUCGUCAGCAGCUUCUCUCGGCGGAGCAGCCUGGCGCUGGAGGACAGCAAGUCAAGUGGCUUCGGGACCCCGAGACUCACCAGCCGGAGCAGCAGUGUGCUCAGCCUAGAGGGCAGCGAGAAGGGCCUGGCCCGAGGUGGUAGCACCUCAGACCCCCUCGGCUCUCAGCUCCCCCAGGAAGUGGACACUACUGUGGGGGCGGCCAUGGAGAGUGGCCCUUCUGUCAAUGGGACACAGCCCCCAAGCCCAGGCUGCCCAGUGGAGCCAGACAAGUCUUCCUGCAAGAAGAAGGAAUCUAUGCUCUCCACCCGAGACCGGCUGUUGCUGGACAAAAUCAAGAGCUACUACGAAAACGCAGAGCAUCAUGAUGCGGGUUUUAGCAUCCGGCGCCGGGAGAGCCUUUCCUACAUCCCCAAAGGGCUGGUGAGAAACUCUGUCUCCAGGUUCAACAGCCUUCCCAAGCCGGACCCAGAGCCAGUGGCUCCGCUGGGCCACAAGAGACAGGCAGGCUCCCGGCCGGCUUCGUGGGCCCUGUUUGACCUCCCAGGACCAGGCGAGGCGGGCGCUGGGGAGCCAGCUCCUAUCACAGAUGCUGAGUUCCGCCCAUCUUCAGAAAUUGUUAAGAUCUGGGAGGGAAUGGAGUCUUCUGGGGGGAGCCCUCGGAAGGGGCCAGGCCAAGGCCAGGCCAAUGGCUUUGACCUGCACGAGCCACUCUUCAUCCUGGAGGAGCAUGAGCUGGGGGCCAUCACCGAGGAGUCAGCCACUGCCUCACCGGAGAGUGUCUCCCCGACUGAGCGGCCCAGCCCGGCCCACCUGGCGCGGGAGCUGAAGGAGCUGGUGAAGGAGCUGAGCAAUGGCACCCAGGGGGAGCUGGUGGCCCCACUGCACCCCCGCAUUGUGCAGCUCUCCCACGUGAUGGACAGCCGCGUGAGCGAGCGAGUCAAGAACAAAGUCUACCAGCUGGCCCGCCAGUACAGUCUCCGGAUCAAGAGCAAGUCAGUGACGGCCAGACCGCCACUGCAGUGGGAGAAGGCGGCUGCCACCGUUCCCCGCCUGCAGGAGGAGGCUGGAGCGCCGUCAGGUGGCUCAGGUAGGAGAAAGCCGGUGCUGUCCCUCCUCAACCCCGAGCAGCCGACGACAGGCCAGGAGCCCAGCCCGCCCAAGCCCUGCUCUGCCGGGGAGACGUCGCCACGGCGCUUCUCCUGCAGCCCCUCUGCUGCCAGCCCAAGGACCCCCUCCUCUGGUGUCCGGCCCUCCUCGAGAAGCCCCCUCAGCCCCUUCAAUACUGAGACCUUCCACUGGCCUGACGUGCGGGAGCUCUGCUCCAAGUACGCCUCCUACGACGAGGCACUCCAGGCUGAGGGCAGCCGGCCCCGCGGCCCGCCCGUCUACCGCAGCCGCUCGGUGCCCGAGAGCAUAGUGGAGCCGCCUCUGCCGGGCAGGGCGGGCCGCUGCAGCAGCCUGAGCUCCCAGAGGGCCCGCGCAGGCCUGGAGGCCGCCCAGCCGCAGCCUUCUGGGGCGCUGCCCCCAGGCGGGCCGGCCGGAGAGGGGGCCCUGUACGUGACCGCAGACCUCACCCUGGACAACAACCGGCGGGUGAUUGUCAUGGAGAAGGGGCCCCUGCCCCAGCCCCCUGUGGGGCUGGAGGACGGCGGUGGGCACGGACCAAGCCUGCCAGCGGCCAGGGUGGGGCAGGGCCAGGAUUUCCAGGAGUCUGCAGAGUAUCGGCCAAAGGAAGAGGGUCCCAGGGACCCAGCGGACCCCAGCCAGCAGGGGAGAGUGAGAAACCUGCGGGAGAAAUUCCAGGCCUUGAACUCCGUAGGUUGACUCUGAGUCCUGGGGGACAGAGGAGCCGUGCUGGGGACAGAGAGGACCUGGCAUGCUUCCCACCCGGGCGCCCACCAGCCCUUGGAGGCUGUUCGCCCUGCUCUCCUGGGAGGGAUGUGCCAGUGUGCUCGGCGUGCCUUCCCUGCUGUCUGUGAGUGCCUGGGCACCGCCCUGGGCUCCCGGCGACUUUCCACAGGCCCAGGCGAGCCCUCCCUUCCUCUGAGGCCAGUGUGGCCACUUCCCUUGUAUAUAGUUUUUCUCUUGUAAGAAGCCAAAUAUUUAAGCUCGCCUCUUCCCAGGGAGAGAAGGCCUUGCUCAGGCCUCCGGCGUCUCCCGACCACUGCCAGACCGAGGUCCCCACCCAGCGGGGACGCAGGAGGGGGCCUGGGGAGGCUUUGCUCUCUGACUGUGCCUCUUCGGAUCCAGGAGGAAUGAGGCGUAUAAUUUAUUGCUUUCCAUUCUGUGGUAUGUUAGUGUGCGCAUGUGCGUAUGUGUGCUUCUGUUGUUGAUACCCCUCCCGGGAAGAAUGUAAUAGACUCAGUGUAGGUACUUUUUUGGGUUGUCUUGCUGACCUUGUGGUUGUCGCUAAUGUACACACAUUUCACUACUUGCCAAUGGUGCAAUAACCACUGCUGACCAAC